AAUUUUAUAAAUGUGUUGAAUCGAUCGCAAGUAUCCUUUUAUGGGAAUAUUUUUUUAUUUGAACUUAUAACGCAAGAAUUCUUAGCAUAUAUUUUCUCGCUUCUGACGUUAUCAAACAAAGACAGUUGCAGCGAGGGACCAGGAGCCUUAACGAAAUCGGAAAUAUAUCGUUUUCGUACAUAUAAAUUUACAUGUUGCAUUCGUAUCGUUUUGUUGUUUGGAACUCGUGAUACUGUUCAUGGAGUCGUACAAACGAGUCCUUGGUAUCUAUGGUAUAUUUCGUUGUUUGCAACUUGUAACAUUAAUUACCAGAUCAAACACAUCAGAAAGAUAUUUAUGAUUUUUCUUGGGUAUUUCUAUUCUUCUUAAUUUCCACGGAAUUGUAAUAUAUUUAUAAGAAAGCACAGUGGAAGAGACAUUUCUUUUAAUUGUCUGAAUGAGCAAGGAUUAUUUUGGAUUUGACGUUUGUCGAGCGCCUCGAUUAUUUGGUAGAUGAUUCGCGUUUCUAAUGAUUCAUCUACCUUCCUCCAUGAAGAAUAUCGUGUGAGGAAGAGGACUCUGUCAGACUCGUCGUCUCUCAGUGUUCGUGCAAGCACGUGUAUUUUAUUUGCGUUUUCUUCGUGUUUCAGGAAUGGCGUCUCCAGGAACGGUCGCUACAGUAAUGCUCGUUUUCGAAACGAUAAAAUCAGAACCAUCCGCUUCAGAAACUGCUAAUUCAGAAACGAUCGAUCCAAAAUGGCACGUUUAUGACAGUCCUGCCUCAGAAACGCUCGUUUUCGAAACGGUAAAAUCAGAACCGUACGUUUUGGAAACAAUCGAUUCAAGAAUAUCCGCUUUAGGAACAUCUGCUUCUCAAACGUCUGCUUGUGAAACGCGCGGGAAGUAUCUGACAUUCCUUAAGAAAAAUCUGAUGGAAGCCCUUGAUGCCAUCACCCACGGGAUGACCUUGAGGGAAGCCUCGAAGACUUACCGUAUUCCCAAGACAUCUCUUCUUCGAUACUGCAAAAAGCUCAUCCCCGAUUCCAUGCGAAGGACUUCCAGGACGCAAUGUGCUACUAAUUCUACAGCAAUUGAAAAGGCCACGUCAAUUGAAAAGCAAACUUAAGAAUUUAGAACCGAUUAAGAGUACUGAUAUGUAUAAAUACUUGGAUUCUAGCAAGUCGUAUCGAUGGAGACAUAAUCUCAUAUAGCACGUGAAAAUCCCUUGCGAGCAAAAAUACUGUGCGCACUGUAACUACAAGACUUAUCGUAAUUGGAAUCUGAAGAUGUACAUGAAAAAGAAAUAUCUUGUUGAAUAAGGAACGGCUUCUGAUGCUGAAGCAUCAGUUUACUUAAAUUCUUACUGACUCGUAGUUUUGGGUCAGAAUCCCUUUUAAGACUCGGCAAUGUAUUGUUUCUAUAUAUUAUAAACAAUCUAAUCGGACGGGAUUCCUAUUUUUUAAUAUUUUAUAAAUCUUUUCUAUAAAUUUUAAAUAUAAUAAAAAUUAAGUAGGAUUGCUGUGACAUUUAUGAGUAUUAUUUCCUAGAAACAAUGAAUAAUUAUAAGGGACCUUUGAAAUAUAAUAAUAAUAUGUUAGCAUCAAGCUCUGAAAAAAUCAUCAUUUGCCUCCAAUAUUAUUUGAAUAUAUUUCAUGUACAUAGGAAUGUGAUGAAUAAUAAUUAAUUAUUAAUAUAUAUACAUACAAAUAUAUACAGUGAAAGCUCCUUAUUCACGGUUUCCUUAUUCGCGUUUUCACUAUUCGCGGGUUAAAAAAUUGCGACACAGUUCCUGUAUUUGCGGCUAAAAAUUUCUUUAUUCGCGGAUCCAAUCGAUAUAUAAUCGGUAUCCAAAUAUAAAGGUGAUAUUUUUGCUACCUAAUACGACGGCUUUACUUCAAACUAUGGAUCAAGGAAUAAUCCAGGCCUUUAAGCUUUAUUACAUUAAGCGAACCUUCAAAAUCAUACUUUUAAAAUCAUACAACACCAUGGAAGUUGAUCCUGAUAUGAACGUUAUGCAAUGCUGGAAAAAAUUUGACAUAGCGAAAUGCAUUGUUAACAUAAAAGAAUCGUUGGGGGAACUGAAGCCAGAGACAUUGAAAUCAUGCUGGAAAAAACUGUGGCCUGUUCUGACUGUCGAAAAUGAUGAAGAAUCCGUGCAAAUUCAAACUUUAACUGCAAACAUUGCUGAAGUUGCGAAUAGAAUAGGACGAGAUGGCUUUGAACAGAUAGAAUCAAAUGACAUUCAAGAGUUGCUUGAAUCGCAAGAUGAAGAUUUGACAGAAACCGACUUAGAGGAAAUGUUAACUCCGCAUCCCAUUGAAGAAGAGGCUUCAACGAGUUCUGAAAAGGUGGUCUUUAACUUGAAAAUCUGAGUGAAGGAUUACGGAUGGCAAAUGAGCUUUGUGAUUUUUUUAUGAAAAUUGAUCCGUCUAUGGAAAGAAGUCUCAUUUUUAAAAGGCAAAUUAUGAAUGCCACAGCUGAAUAUCAAUCUGAAUUGAAAAACCUUUUAAAAGCGGCAAAACAAGAAAAAAUUACUAAGUUCUUUAAACUUUUGCCUAAGCCUGACAAUAAUUAGUAAUAGAUAUUGUUAAAAAUCACUUAUUAAAUUUAUUUUAUUCUGAUAUUUUUUUAAUAUUUUGGAACCAUGGCACGUAUUCCCUAUAAUCCUAUACAAAUUACCAUUCCAUAUCCACGGUUUCUUUAUUCGCGGCAAAUUUAUGGAACGUAUCCCCCGCGAAUAAGGAACUUUUACUGUAUGCAUAUAUAUAGUAUAAAACAGGGUAAUGGCGGUCGCCUAAGCGGGAAUUCUCAUAAAACUGGAAAUGUCGGAUUCUGGAUCUGUUUAAUGCAAUGGAUGCAGAUAUUUGUUAUAAUAUAACCUGGUGCAAAAAAUUCCAUAAAAAUAUGUACCAGAAAAACAAAUGAAAAAUGAGAUUUGACUGGGAUUCUCCCGACUUCGAGAUAAUGCCGGUCAGCGAUGUUUACAGUGUGUAAAACCAGAUAAAAUUUAUAUUUUACUAAAAAUCGAGCAUAUUUAUUAAAGAAAAGAUGAUAAAAGUUUUGCAUAAGAUAUUUUGAAAAAAUAACCAAUUGUUUAUUGAUUUGCACCGAAUGCGCUGAUACUUAUCGGGGGUAUUUCAAUAAAUACAAUUUUUGUGCAUCCAAAGACCGCAAAAUAUACAGAGAAACCACAUUUCAUUAUUUCAUACCUGCCGAAUUCCUCACAAAGAGAACGUAACUCUUAAUUCAGGUCACUCUAGCAUUAACUGACCGGCAUUACUCAAAUUACAUAUUUUCACAAAUUGAUUAACCAUGUUGUAACGAUUCAUCAAUUCAGACAAUACUCCGUAGUACGUUAGAAAGUUUGAGUGAUACUGCAGAAAAUAGUGCAAUAAUUUGAAGAAAUGUACCGACUUACCACACUUCUUUAGUAGCGAUUCUUAUAUUAGAAAACGACGAAACAAACUUUUCGCAAUAAAUCAGCUAUGAACAGUGCUAAAAUAGCAUAAUAUUGUCUGAUGCUUCUUUCGGAGAAUGGAAAUUUACAAAAUUCAAUCCGUACCGACUUCACUUUAAAUAUAGAGAUGAUCGACAUUACUCCAUUCUCCCCUAUA